CAAAAAAAUCUGUUUUGUUUGUUGUCUGUCGAUUUUAGAUAAGUAGGUAUUGCAAUUUGUGCGAGUUUAUUGAGAUUGUUUUUAUAUGACCAAUAAACGACGAAUCUUGGUAUCUUUAUAAUAUAUUCAUCAAAAUUGUAUGAUUUAACAACACCUACUGACCGAUGUCAGAAACAUCCAUCCAGGCCAGUGCUAAAGAAGAGCCACCAUCUAAAAUACCUGAAUCUGUCAAGAAAAUAAUAUCAAUGGAAAAAGACAAUGAAACAAGUGCCAAUCGAAAGUCAAGAAUUGACCUCAAUGCUCUGCCGACUCGGCAGUAUUUGGAUCAGACUGUGGUACCCAUACUACUUCAGGGUUUAUCUGCACUGGCCAAGGAGAGACCUCCAGAUCCAAUCAACUACUUGGCAGCAUAUUUACUAAAGAACAAAAGUACCUUUGAGAAUAACAAUGCAGGAGCUAACAAUAAUCCCACUCAAAAUGCUCAGACAUGAGGUUCAUAAUGUUUAGUGUUUAAUUGUAAAGUCAUCUUUUGAAAACAACAAAUUUAAGCAUUUCAUUAUCAUUAAUAUUUAAUGAAUUUAUAAUAAGUUACUAGAUGCACACCUGAGAACUCUCAAUCCCAUGGGAAUUACAGGGUAAAAGUAAACAUUUGCAUUAAUAAUACUUGCGACUGUUCCAGCUUCAUAUGAGGUAAUUUAUGUAAGUAAAUUACCUUUGGCAAUAAAUCUAAAUGACAUUGAAUAUGGUGUCAAAAUUUGUUACAUGGUUUAACCUAUCAAUUGCACAAAAUCGAUACACAAUAGAUAAACAAUUGUUUGACUGAAUUUGCACCGGUUUGUAAAGUAGAAGUUAAAAGAAGAAUGCAUAGAAACAGACACACAGAAGGUGACUUUUAUUUUAAAGUAUGUAGUGACAUUAUUAAUCAUUAUUUAAAUUAGUUUGUACUAAGUAAUGUAAAUUACUAUAAAAUAUGUACUAUUUCGUACUUAUUAUAUGUUGAUCUCAACCUAUAUUCAGAAAUUUGGGUCGGAAUAACAGGAUGACUUUCAUAAAAAUAACAAUUGUUAUUACAAUUUCAUUGCUUCAGUUUGUUGUUAUUCAGAAUGUCUUAUUAUAUCCAUGGUAUUUAUGUUUAUGCCUUGUGUUUUAGUAUUAAAAAAUAUCCACUAAGAUUUUCACAUGCAACUUUUUGGAAAUAUAUGUAUUCCUAUAUUAUCUUAAUUUUAAUAAGGUACAUGGAUAUUUCCAAUUAGUUAUCAAGUCUUUUUCUAAUACAUUAGUCAUAUUAGUAAUUUAGGAUUCCAUAAGGUUUCUGUUUAAAGGAAUUUAUUUCUUAGAUUAACUUUAAACCUUUAUCUCAGGUUAAGUAGAAAAAAACAAUGUUAAAGGUAGCUUAAGAUUUUCAACUUACGAAGAAUGAAGUGCACAACAGUCUAUUACUUUGUAUGAUCUGAGGAUUUCAGCAUUUGUCAUAUCUAGUAACACCACAGUGCCUCCAUUGAUGUUGGAUUAUUUAUACAUAAAUAGUUCAAUUACAAUAUUAUAUUUAUUUUGUUCAGAAAAUAUUAGCAUCCAAAGAAAAACUUCAUCUAUAUUGUCUGAAAUUACUGUAUCUGUUACAGAUUUCAAUUUAUGUAUUUUUACAAGGUGACAAUUAGCUCAAAUGUUACUACAUAAUAUAAAAUGUAUUGCCACACAAAAUAUAAUAGUAAUACACA